ACACCAUUCUUGCCAUCAACUCGCUGUUCUUCGCAAUACCUUGAGCAACACUUGCCCAUUAUGCUCUUCAAAUCGAAGAAGGCGAACCUCUGGUUCUGCUGCCUCAUUGCUUGCACUUGUAUGGCUGUCAAUGGUUAUGAUUCCUCUACUUUCAACGCAGCGCAGGGAUCAGUUCAUUUCAUGAACUACUUUGGUAAUCCCUCUCCAUCUGCCAUCGGCUCGGUCAAUACCGCCAUGGGUGUAUGCGGUAUCGUUGCAGGAGUAUUCUUCUCAGGCCCCAUUUCCGAUCGAUUCGGCCGCAAGUGGACUAUGUGGGCUGGCGCCACAUUUAUCAUCAUCUCGACCUUUGUUUCGACAUUUACACCUCCUGUCAUUGGUGGCUUCAUCGCCGGUCGUGCCAUCACUGGUUUUGGUCAGGGAUUGAUGAUGCCGGCUGGACCAGUUUAUAUCAACGAAAUAGCACCGGCAAACCUCCGGGGUACUAUCAUGAGUUUCUGGCAGCUCUUCUUCACUGUGGGAUCUUUUGUCGCAUAUUGGAUCAACUACGGGUGCUCGAAAAAUGCCGAGAGCCUCGGAGAAUGGGAUUGGAAGAUUGUUAUGCUCCUACAAAUCUUUUGCCCUAUCGUUAUCAUGUCGGGACUUUUCUUCUGUCCUGAGACUCCAAGAUGGUAUAUCCAGAAUGACAGAUUCAAAGAGGCUCACAAAGUCCUCUUGGGAGUUCGCGACGACCCAGACCUUAUUGCCCAAGAGAUGGAAGAGAUACGACAAGCCAUUGCGUUUGAAAAGCAACAGACAAACAGCACUUGGGCCCGAUACAAGUUGCUGUGGACGGAUAAAUCUGUGAGAAAGCGCAUGCUCCUCGCGGCUGGCAUCAAUAUUGGACAACAGCUUUCCGGAAACGGCUCCCUCGCAACCUACUCUACCAUCAUUUACAAGAAAGUCUUUACUUCAAACAGCCAGAUUCAGCUCAUCAACGCUUUGGGUGGAACCUUUAACAUUCUUUUCACUCUGAAUGCCACUUGGAUGACGGAUUUCCUGGGACGAAGACCUCUGCUCCUCAUUGGUGUUGCUGGAAUGGCAGUCUGCAUGUUUGCAGUUGCAGCUGUAGUCACCGAGACGCCGACUCUCGAGGAUGGAUCCAAGUCUUCCAGCGUGGGUAUCGCGACCGUCUUCUUGAUGUUCCUGUUUGCCCUGUUCUACAAGCCUUCUUGGGGUGCAACAGUGUGGAUCUGGACUUCAGAAAUCUUUUCGAUGAACGUUCGUGCGCAAGCCGUUGCUAUGACCACUCAGUGCCAGUCUAUCGCAAGCAUCAUUCUCCAACAAAUUUUUCCCAUCUUUCUCACUGAGAAGGGAUUCUAUGCUAUGUAUAUGUUUGGUGCUAUUAAUGUGCUUCUCUUCGUCUUCGUUUGGGUCUGUAUCCCAGAAACCAAGGGUGUGUCUCUGGAGCACAUGGACGUACUGUUUGGUGGCGUAGAUCACGCAGAUGUGGGAGCUGUCAUCGUCACUGAGAAAACUGUCAAUGAUGAUAAGGCUUCCGUCCAUGUCACUGAGACCCUGGCGGUCCAUCAGGCCAAGUCUGGCAGUGCUGUGUAAGCUAAGUUUAUUAAAUUUAAGGCGCAGCAUAGUAAGGGCUAUAUAGCUUUCUUUUAUCUAGGUCAGUAGGCGAUUUAUGCAGAGGGGAGUUAAAUACUUAUAGAUAUCCUAUGG